UUGCGAGGAAGAGGAAAUCUCGGCAGGAACCAGAACAGGGAAAGGCCAAGGGCAGGGGCCAGCGGCAUAGCCGGAACGUGCCGGAACGUGCCGGGAACCCGAGACGAGGAAGCGGAGUGAACCCCGACAUCAGACGCUGGCAGGCGUGGGGCCUCGCGGGCAGGAGGCAGCGGGGAUGGAGGAGCCCCCACAGCCGCCAGCGAGCGACGAGGAGGAGGAGGACACAGCGGGGGACGCCGAAGGCCUCCUGUGCUACGAGGAGAGCAUCGCCAGGCUGCUGGCGACGGUGGCACAGCUGCACCAGAGGGCCGAGAUGCUGCAGUGCCGCGUGGGCAGGGAGGACGAGGAGGGGUGGAAGGGCACCGCCGGCCUUCCUGCCGCCAGCGUGCAGCCCCGGCGCAUCGACGGCACCGCAACCGGUCUGGAAGCCCAGAGCCCCGACCUCUUCGCGGACCUGCAGAACGCCGUGAGCUCACUGGAGCGCACCAUCUUCUCCUGGCACCGGAUGGCUCCGGCGCACCCUGUGCUCGGUGAGGAGUGGGCACGGGCAGCCAAGAGCCUGGAGGAGCUGAACCAGACAGGAGACUGGACCACGCGCCGGAGCACGGAAGCGGGCGAGGGGCUGUUGGCAGAGGAGGCAGCGGUGGCAGCGGCUGCGGCGAGGAAUGCAACGCUGCGGGCAGCGCUGGGGCACCAGGACGAGGAGCUGAGCCGGGCCACGGCCUCGCUGCGGGCGCUGUGUGGGGAGCGUGACCGGCUGCAGCAGAAGGUCCAGGACCUACGCGAUGCUCUGUCCAGUCUGGAGGAACCGUGGGGCAGUGACCCCCCUGCGCUCAGCAGCGCCCCGAAGCAAGGGGAGCCCUGGCUGCCCCAGGACCAGCCCCAGUGCAGCAACGGCGCUCAGCCCCACGGCGCACAGCCCCACAGCCUCCUCUCCCCCCAACCCUCCGAUGGGUCCAGCCGGGAGCAGGAGCAGCGACUGCAGCAGCUGCAGGGGUGCCUGGAGAGGUUGCAGGAGGUGAACCGGGAGCUGGUGGCUUCGCUGCAGGAGUGCAAGAGCGAUGCGGAGCGGCUCAGCAUGGUGCUGGGCCAGCACGAGUCCCGCAGCACUGCGCUGCGCCUGGCCCUGCGCUGCAGCGAGCGCUGCGGGGGCGCCUACGCUGCCCUCCUCGACCUGGUACGGGCGAAGGUGGGCCGAGAGGAGGACGGUGCCCGCGGCGUAGGAGCCGCGGGGGAGCAGAGCGUGGGGCGCGGAGAGGGGUCCAGCCCCACAUCAACCGCGGGGCUGCAGCGCCAGAGCCGAGUGGAGCCGGACGGGCAGGAGGAGAGCGGGGACAGCGUCUGCCCAGGGCUGCAGAGCGCCUCGGCUCCCCACGGGAUGGAGGAGGGGACCCUGCGUGAGCACAUUCGCCGGCUGCGUGCAGAGCAGGCGGCUGUGGAGGCGACCCUGCACGACGGCGCGGCACCCGACCGUGCUGGCACCCGCCGCAGCGAGGAUGCCCGAGCACGGGCUGAGCGGGCGCUGCGGGAUGCGAGGGCUCUCCUGCCCGGUUGGAGGCGGCCGGAGAAAGCGGAGCUGCUGCAGGACUUGGCGAUGCUCAAGGAGGCCAUGGCCGACCUGAAGACACGGUUGCAGCUGGCAGAGAGGGAGAAGCGGGGCCUGGAGGUGCUGGCGGCCGGGCAGGGGCCGCGGGAGGCUGCGCUGCACCUGGUGCUCCAGUGUUUGGAGCAGGAUGGGGGUCCAGGCUGCCCCCCCAGCUCCCCCAGCAGCUCCAGCAGCAGCGAGGAGGAUGCCCAAACCAGCCGGGUGGGAGCAGCAGCUCCUCGGCACCCUCCGGAUCCAGAACGGAUGAGGGAAGAGCUGCUCCGUGCCCAGGCUCGGGCGGAGGAGCUGCACGCCCGGGCGCGGGCGCUGGUGCUGGCGCUGCAGCAGAGCAGUGCCGCCAGCCGCGCGCAGCAGGCACAGUGCCUCACCGUCACCGCAGACUUCUUCCAUGCUCACAGCGCGCUGGCCCUGGCGUACCGCGGUGCCCGGCGCAAGCAGGCAGCGCAGCUGCGGCGGCUGGAGGCGCAGGCAGGAGCCCUGCGCAGGCAGCACGCCCGGCAGGCGCAGGCGCUGGCCCGCAGGCUGCAGACCCUGGAGCGGGGGACGGACAGCAGCGAGACCUGCAUCUAGGGACCCCCGUCACCCUCGAAAUCCCCGGAAGCACCUGCUGUAUCCUCAGGGAGAAUAAAUCACUGAUGC